AUGGCCACCAUUGCGCUCCCUCGACCCCUGCCGCCCCACCGCUCCUCCUCCUCCGCCAUCGCCUCGCUGGCAACCCCGUUGACCAUCGACACCUUGAACCCCCCCCAGUCUGACCAGUGCCCGCCCGCCGUCCCCAACAAGCACAUCCCCGUGUGCCCGCCCGGCCCCGUGCCCCGCCAGGAGCCCACCACCCCUCCCCCUUCCCCGGGCAAGCACGACGACUGUGCCCAGUCCGUCCUGCACCCUCCGGCCCACUUCGUCCGCCUCGAGUCGGGCCCGCUGACCCUGUACGAGCUGUCCGUCGCCGACGUUGCCCGAGCUCUCGACUACGCCUCCCGCCAGCCCCUGCCCGAGCCCUCGCAGGUCUUCCCUUGGUUCCACGGCCUGCACCCCGCCAACCACCUACAGCAGUCCUUCUUCACCGCCCGGAGCCGCUCCCUGCGCAGGACUCCUUGUUGCCUGCGCGGUGUCACCCUCGUCAAGGCCGACGGCGACCUGGCUGUCUCGCGCCUCAAGGGUGCCAUAUCACCCCAUGAGUUCAUGCAGUGUGCCCCCGCCUCGCCCGAGUUCCACGAUGUCGACCCCAAGGAGGGCUUCUCCGUGAGGAACUUCCAGAUCCAGGCCGCCAAGGCAGCCAUGACAUCCGACAUCAUCGUCUAUGGCGAUGACCCCCUCACCACCCGCAAGAUGGCCUGCGAAAUCGCCACGGCUCAGCUGAGGUGGCGCGAGAGGCACGACGCCCAGGGCCACCCCCUCCCGGACUACAACACCUUUGUCUGCGUGAGCCCUUUCGAGGACUUCGAGGAGAGCCACCCGGACCUGGUCGCUGUUGACUCGGCCGGCCUCUUGACAGGCAGCGUCAUCGACUUCGUCCACCAGGAGCGCAAGGAGAUGUUUGCAAUGACCAAGCCCACCCAGAUCUCCCACAACGUCUGGAUGGGUCCCACCCUGGACCGGGGCUCCGAGGACGAUGGCUUGUUUGACAUUCAGAUCGAGUGUAGCGACAUGGGCCGCCUUCACCCCGCUGCGCUCCAGGCCAUCGCCGAGGACUCGGCUGCCGGAGCCGGCCAGCACUGUCUUGACUUUCCCUCCUCCGGAAGCAUCCUGCCGUCCUCGUGGUCGCACGCUGAGGCCGACGGCAUCGUCGAGACGUGCAAGUGGAUAUACCACCUGGCCCAUGGGACCUACCCGGCAACGGCCGGUCAUGAUCGUGACGGAGACGCCUUCAUGUCCGGGGACGCGCUGCCGUCACCGUGUCAGCUGCCGCCCCAGAAGGUUCUGAUCCACUGUGGGGAUGGGUACACCGAGUCCACCAUGCUCGGUAUCGCCUACUACAGCUACAGCAGCGGGCGUCCUAUCCCGGACGCGUGGCUGAACCUGCACACCACACUCGGUCGCAACUUCUUCGCCUACCCCGCCGACGUCUCUCUUCUCACGGCCAUCGCCCCCCGGCUGCUUUCCCAAUCCCCCGCCCUCGCCGACAAGAGCGCCACCGAGGUACAGCACCUGGCUGCCGACGAGCCAGACUGGCUCCCUGGAAUAGACGGCUCAUUCCCAAGCCGGGUGUUGGACUACAUGUACCUGGGCAAUCUUGGUCACGCAAAUAAUCCCGACCUCUUGAGAGCCUUGGGGAUCAAGCAGAUCCUGAGCGUCGGAGAGACCACCAUGUGGCGGGAUGGCGAGCUAGAGAGGUGGGGGCCCGAGAACGUCUGCGUGGUUCAGGGUGUCCAGGACAACGGGAUAGACCCCUUGACGGAAGAGUUCGAACGAUGCCUCGAGUUCAUCGAUCGUGGCCGCAGGAACGGGACCGCGACGCUUGUACACUGCAGGGUCGGCGUCUCUCGAAGUGCAACCAUUUGUAUUGCAGAGGUCAUGCGAGCCAUGGAUCUCUCGUUCCCGCGGGCGUACUGCUUCGUCCGGGCCCGACGGCUAAAUGUUAUCAUACAACCACACCUCAGGUUCGCCUACGAACUUCUCAAAUGGGAGGAGACACUGCAGAGGAGGAAAUAUGCAAACGAAGCAGCACCGGCUGCAGGUCUGGGCAUCAAGCGGGAGCUUGAGUGGGCCGAAAUUGCGAGAGAGAUCGCGUUAAUGAAUCGGCCGUACGCUAGAUAA